AUGCCGUGUAGCACUUCUCCUGAGCCUCCCUCUGGCACAAGCCAAGACCAACAAGUUCACCUCUCCGCCCUGCUCAGUGCCAAGCUGCAAGGCAUACCACUCUUUCAUAUUCCCUCUCUCACACUGUCCAAUGUCUUUUGUCCAACAGCCCGGGCGUUGCAUAUCCCUCACAUACCGCCUGACAUUCAACUCCCUUUCUUCCUCCGCAACAGAAAUGUUAUCGAUCAAUAUGGCGGCAAGCCGGUAAAGGAUGAGGCAAAGCAGGGUAUGGACAUAACCCGGGCUAUCUGGUUUUGGAGACUGGAUGAAGCACGACAGUUUCAGCGCUUCCAUGACACCAUGAGGUGGAAUACUGCCAUGUUCAUUGCACUACUCGCCCUUGAUUUACAGACCAAGAGCUUGGAGAUGAGUCAGGAUACGACCAGGAGAGGCCAUCACGAUACGACUGCCCCUCAGUCCAAAAAGGUCCACAUCAACACUGCAGCUUACCGCUUCAUGAAACAGUAUCUUGCUGCUGUCCUAGAGCAUCACAAUACGCCUCUGCUCUUCGAUGCCCGUGAAACCUUCAUCGUAACCUGGAAGAACGGCGCAUUGGACCUGUACACGGGCUUCCGUGGCGCGCAGAAGAAGUUGUUGAAGAAUCUCAUGAAGAAGCUGACCAAGGAUUGGGAAAAGGAACUCGAUAUUGCAGAGAGUAACCUGGGAAAGGAAGAGUAUCGCAUCAAAGUAGCCAAGUUCGCGGGAAGUCUGGUUCCAAGGAGAAGGGAGCAGGAUAUCCCUACUGGUACACGGCCAAUGCAAGAAAAAAGUGGGCGUGUGUACGGAACUGACAGUCCACCUUGUAUACCCCACAAAAGCCAAGAGAUCAAGAAGAAUGACCUGCUCGACGCUCUUCGUGUCCCGUUUACACCACAAACCAAGGAGAAGACAAGAGACCAGAAGAAUGGGAGCUAUGAGCUCAAGGAGGACGUGAACAUGGUCACGGAAUUGAGGAACGCAAUUGAGGCGUUACAGGUGAUGAGGCCGCAGGAUAUGCUGCCGGUACUGAUGCAUUUGUUUCCUGCUUCGGAGAUGGAACAAGCGGAUACUUAG